AAUUACAGGCUUCCAAGACACGUAAUACCGAAAAAUUACAAAUUGAGACUGGAGCCAACGUUAAAGGGCCGUAACAAAACAUUUACAGGCUCCGUCCAAAUCCAGCUUGAUAUACUAGAACCCACCCAAAACGUGACUUUGCAUUCUAAUAAACUCCUUAUUACAUUCGUGGAUUUGAAAAGAACUGAUGAUUUGAAUAAACAUAAUAUCAGAUCAGAAUAUAAUAUUGACGACAAAAGAGAUAUGUUAAUAAUAAGAACGGAGGAAGAGUUAUCAAGAGGCCCUUAUACGUUGAGGAUAGACUUCACGGGCAAAUUAACACAGAAAAUUGUUGGGUUUUAUUCGUCUCGGCUGAGAGAUGGCAAGACUAUGGUGGCAAGCAAGUUUCAGCCAACAUAUGCCCGGCAAGCGUUCCCCUGCUUUGACGAGCCGGAUUUCAAGGCAACUUAUGAUAUCACUGUUGUCAAACCGGAGAAUUAUAUAGCCCUCUCCAAUAUGAAUGAAAUAUCCAGGUCUCGUGAUGAUAAAACAUCCUCGGACGUUGUGACAUUUGCGACUAGCAUUCCCAUGUCAACAUACUUGGCCUGCUUCGUUAUUUGUGACUUCGCCUCCAAAGAAACAGAGAUCAACUCCAAUGGUAUAGGAAGUAACUUUAUAUUGAGAUCAUUCGCGCAGAAGGACCAGACGCACAAAAUUGAUUUUGCUCAGAGUAUUGGGAAGAGAGCGACUGAGUUCUAUAUACAGUAUUAUGAAGUGCCGUUUCCUCUGCCCAAACUAGACAUGAUAGCCAUCCCUGACUACAUAUCGGGGGCCACGGAACACUGGGGCCUGGUGACGUACCGCGAGACCUCGUUCCUGGUGGACGAGGCCACGGCCUCGGCACAGAACAAGAUCAGCGUGGCCAAUACUAUCGCGCACGAGCUGGCGCAUAUGUGGUUCGGAAAUUUGGUGACUAUGAAAUGGUGGGACGACUUGUGGCUGAACGAAGGCUUCGCCUCCUACAUGCAGGUCAAGUGCUUGAACGCCAUCGAGCCUUCGUGGACUAUGCUGGAUCAAUUCUUGAAAGGCAUGCACACCGUGAUGGUGACGGACGCGAAGCUGUCGAGUCAUCCCAUCGUGCAAACUGUUGAGACGCCGGAUCAGAUCACUGCCAUAUUCGACUCCAUUUCAUACAACAAGGGUUCAUCAGUACUACGUAUGCUGGAAGGUUUCACAGGCGAGGAGAGCUUCCGGAGGGGUGUGUCGGACUACCUCAAGAAACACAAGUUCGGGAACACGGUGACGCAGGACCUGCUCGCCUCGCUGGAGCCCUACUUCAAGAAGCGCAACCCCGACCUUAAUCUUACGUACAUAAUGGACACAUGGACCCGUCAGAUGGGCUACCCGGUACUGACGGUGACCAGGACCAACGCCACCUACCGCGUCACGCAAUCCCGGUUCCUGCUGGACCCGGAGGCCGAGUCACCUAAAGAUUCCGAUUAUAAUUACAGGUGGUUCGUACCUGUUACAUACAAAACUAAUAACGGUGUAAACGAAAAAGUCAUCUGGUUCGGAGACAAAAAGGAAAACGUUGAAAUAUCGGAGCCGGACGCUACCUGGCUCAAGAUAAACAACAACCAAGUGGGGUACUACCGAGUCAACUACCCGCAGGAGAUGUGGCAGAGCUUGGCAGAGCAGCUGAAGGCGAGAUCUGAUCAGCUAACGAUAUCAGACCGCUCGCACUUGCUGGACGACGUGUCGGCGCUGGCCGAGGCGGGCCUCGUGCCGUACUCGCUGGGCCUCGACCUGACGGCCUACCUCAGCGUGGAGGAGGCCUACGUGCCCUGGCAGACCGCCGCCGGCAUAUACGCCGAUUUGUCACUGAGGCUGCUCAAUACACCGGCUCAUGACGAUCUCAAGCUAUACAUGCAAGAACUUGUCAAGCCUAUUUUUACUAAAGUGGACAACGGAUCUGACAACUCGGGAGUGAUUGAGCGUCUCCUACGUACAACGAUCCUAUCGUUGGCCACCAAAGCGGAGCUCCCUGAAGCUCAGAGCAAGGUGCGACGGAUGUUCCUCGAGUGGCUGAACAGCCACGACUCCGGGCACGUGAAGACUGUGGAGACAGACUUGAGGGCCCUAGUGUAUUACCACGGCAUGAAACAGGGUACACAGGCAGAGUGGGACAAACUCUGGCAGAUCUACAAGAGAGAAGAGGACGUGCACGAGCAGUCGAAGAUUAGGCAAGCGUUAGCGGCGCCGCGGGACACGGCUAUACUCAGAAAGUAUCUCGACCUCGCGUGGGACGAAACCAACGUCCGCGCCCAAGACUACCUGAACGUCAUCAAAAUGAUCAGCAACAACCCUUCAGGCACCGCUCUGACUUGGGACCACGUCCGUAAUACCUGGCCCUCUCUAGUGGAGCGCUACACGCUCAACAGUCGGUACCUGGGCGCCGUUGUACCGGGCAUCACUGACUCAUUCAACUCAGAAAGCGAGCUUAAAGAGAUGGUGGAUUUCUUCGCGAAGUACCCGGACGCGGGCGCGGGCGCGUCAGCGCGAGACGGCGCGCUUGAGACUGUCCGCAACAACAUCAAGUGGGCCUCAAACAGAGCCCCCGCUGUAACCGCGUGGUUGCAAACAAGACGCCAACAACGCUCCACACAGAAAUCAUAACCUGUGGACUUUAGUACACAUCAAAGUCAAAGUAAAUAAAAC